GGUUUCCCAUAUUUUUAUGCUACAAUAAUGGAAUAUUAUCCUGGAAUAUCAAAUGGAAGACCAAGGAACCCUGAUUAUUCCAUGACAACGGAAAGAUUGGCAACAUUCAAAGGAUGGUCAACAAAUGGGAUCGUUAUUGAGGAGCUGUCAAACGCGGGUUUUUAUGCUACAGGAAGCCGAGACUUUGUAAGAUGUUUUUACUGCGGAGGAGGCAUGAAAGACUGGCAACAAGAUGAUGAUCCUUGGAUAGAGCAUGCUAGAUAUUUUCCAGAUUGUGACUUUUUAAAGCUACACGCGGAUGAAGAGUUUAUAAAAAAGGCACAGUAUAUGGAUGCAAUGGAAUCUCCAUGUGAACACGUGAAAAAACGUCUUGUUCCUGAUCAGCUGAUAGAGGAUUUGAAUAGUAAGGCAUCCUUGCUUCUUCUGGACAGAGGGUAUAGGCAAGAGGAUGUUGAACAGGCGAUUGAAAGAGCAAGGGAAAAGCAAUGUAGCGGAGAUUUAAGCGCUCAUGUUAUUCUCGAGGUCCUACUUGAAAGUGACACGUUUACUACGCCCUAUAGCAAAGACACAUUUUCUUCUUCAUGGCCAACGAACCAUAUGAGUUUGUCAAAUGGCCAGGCGGAAAAUCUAGCACGUGUUCCUGUCAGUUUUGGGAGCAGUUUGUCUGAGCCUUUAGGUGAAAAGACAUAUGCUGAUGAUGAACUCAAUACUGAACAACGCCGUUUGUUGGACGAGAACCGUGCUCUGAAACACAGGAUGACCUGUAAAGUAUGUCUGGACAAUGAUGCAUGCAUUGUGUUUAUUCCGUGCGGGCACAUGGUAUCAUGCAGGCAAUGUGCUGGUAGACAAAACAAGUGCGCGGUCUGUAGAGCUGAAAUAAAAGAAACAAUACGGACAUAUCCCGCCUGAAACCCACAGAUUAAAGCUUGGAUACCUGUUAAUAAAUAAAGAAAUUUAUGAUGAUAUUUCACUACGAAUUAAAGUAAUAAGGACAUUCUCAAUGGGACAAUCAACGUUCUAAGAACGGAGCUCUGUGAAAUCAAAACCAUGUUGCAGUGUAUAUAUAGAAAGAACAGAACAUUAGUUUAUUUCCGAUUUAUAUAACAAGUGCGUCAUCACAUAUACAUAAAUAAUAUAACUAUAAACAAAGUCAGAAUGGCGAUAUUAAGUCUUACUACUACAUACUAUUGGGAGGAUGAACAUUUGCAAUUCUUUGAAAGAGACGAAAUUUAUAUAACAUGCACAUUUUUCAGUACACUUAUUCAUAGUAUUUAUCAAAUCUAUUUAUCAACGCUUGGUCUAACAUUAUACAAUUAUUUAAUGUAGUUUUUCUAAUACUUAUAACAAGGACAUAUAGGUAUGAAAUAUUA